GUCAAACGGGACUGUUUGUUCUGGAUUUGGGGCGAGGAAGGUCUGCGAGCGCUGACAACCGACUGAGGAAGGUUUGACGCUCUGCCCUCUAUCAGUGUGUUGUGGUGUCCUUGCCCCCCACAGCGUGUCACUGACAAGCCUCCCGUGUUACCUCAGGACAUCGUUGCCUGACCAACUGAGAUAUGAUUACACAACUGAAUUAGACCAUAGCUGCACGGCAACAAACAUAGAGUCAAGUGAGGAGUGUAAUGGCCUGAGGGGGCUCCCCCCAGUCCCACCUGCCCCUGCCAGGUCCAGUCUGCCUAAACUGUCUGCUCAGCCACUGCAACACACAGCUGCAAUGGGAGACGGACUGGAGGCAGGCAGCAGCCAGAACCCUCCCUCUGCCCCACCGCCUCUCCCCUUCAACCAUCCAACACCUAACAUAGGAGGGAACUCCUCCAGACCCAAACGACAGACCAACCAGCUGCAGUACCUGCUUAAAGUGGUGUUGAAGACUUUAUGGAAGCACGACUUUGCAUGGCCCUUCCAAGCUCCUGUAGAUGCCGUCAAACUCAAUUUGCCCGACUACUAUGAGAUCAUCAAGAAUCCUAUGGACAUGGGUACAAUAAAAAAACGGCUGGAGAACAAUUACUACUGGAAUGCCCAGGAGUGUAUUCAAGACUUCAACACAAUGUUCACAAACUGCUACAUCUACAACAAGCCUGGGGAUGAUAUUGUCCUAAUGGCGGAGGCCUUGGAAAAGCUCUUUCUCCAGAAGAUCACAGAGAUGCCGCAGGAAGAGACGGAGAUUGCUGUGGUCAGCAAGGGACGCCGCGGGGGCAGAUGGGAGACAGCUCUGAUCACAAAGUCGGAUUCAGGACAAGACUCAUCGUCCCCCUCCACCACCCCACAUACGCGAGGCUUCUCAUCCCCGUCAACCAAUCCACAGACCCGUCCUGCACCUGCCCCUCAAGGUCCCCCUACUCUGCCCCUGGUCCAGCCUCAGCCUCAGCCUCAGCCUCCCCCACGCGUGCCUCCUACACCCACCUCCCAUGCGCAUCUGGGACCCCCAUUCCCCCUCUUAACUCAAGAUGUCCUGGCCCAAGGCAUGACCUCUGUUCCCCCUCCAGCUCCGACACACCCAGGCCUCCAUCCUGCCCCAAUGCUGCAGAGCUCCCCUGCUCUCAUCAAGCAAAGGAAGAGCCAGAAGAGAAAAGCAGACACCACCACACCCACAGCCAAUGACCAGCUCAGCGAAUCAUCUCCUGUGUCCGCCGAGGCACGGCCACGGCGAGAGAGCAGUCGUCCAUCAAAGCAGCCCAAAAGAGAGGCAUCGCAGCCGGAUUCUCAACAUCACCUGGGUGGUGGUUUGGACACGGGAGGGGUGGUAACGCCGAAACGUCAGGAGCAGUUGCGUUCCUGUGCACGCCUUGUCAGAGAGAUGCUGUCCAAGAAACACAUGGGAUACGCCUGGCCUUUUUACAAGCCUGUUGACGUAAAAGCUCUUGGCCUCCAUGACUACUACGACAUCAUCAAACAUCCCAUGGAUCUCAGCACCAUCAAGAAAAAGCUGGACAACAAACAGUACAGAGAUGCUCAAGAAUUUGCAGCAGAUGUCAGGUUGAUGUUCUCCAACUGUUACAAGUACAAUCCUCCAGACCAUGAUGUUGUUGUCAUGGCACGCAAAUUACAGGACGUGUUUGAGAUGCGUUUCGCCAAAAUGCCUGAUGAUCCAGAGGAGCCCACCCCUGUUCCCACCCCGUCAUCGGCCCUCCACCCUGCCCCCUCCACUCGACAAGCCCCGCCUCCUUCCGCUGUGUCGGAAGACGACAGCUCCAGUUCUUCCGAAUCGGAGUCCUCGGGAGGAGACUCAGAACACGAAAGGCAACAGCGAUUGGCUGAGUUACAGGAACAGCUUAAAGCUGUCCAUGAACAGUUGGCAGCGCUCUCCCAGCCGCAGGCCUGCAAGCCCAAGAAGAAAGAGAGGGAGAAGAAGGAGAAGAAGAAAGAAAAGCACAAGAAGAAGAUGGGAGCAGAGGAAACUGUGGAGGCCCCUCCAUCUGGAAUGCUUCAGGCUCCUAAGAAAAGCAAGAGCAGCAAGGAGCCAGUCAUUGGGAAGAAGGACAGGAAAAAGCCCAGUAAGAAAGAAGGAGUUAAAAUCAGCCGUCCAGCUGUGCCCCCUCAGCCUGGGCCCACCCCUCUUGUCCCCUCAGCCUCUCUUGAAGCAGAGGAUGACAUAGAUGUAUUUGGGGCUGUGUCCGCCGAAAGAUGCAAGCCGAUGUCGUACGAGGAGAAGCGCCAGCUGAGCCUGGACAUCAACAAGCUGCCCGGCGACAAACUGGGCCGCGUCGUGCACAUAAUCCAAACGCGCGAGCCUUCGCUGAAGAACUCCAACCCGGAUGAGAUUGAGAUCGACUUUGAGACGCUGAAGCCUUCCACGCUGAGAGAGCUGGAGAAAUACGUCUCCAGCUGCCUCAGGAAGAAGAAAAAACCCUCAGCAGAGAAGCCUCUGGAAAUGACAAAUGUGACAAAGAUGAAGACAGGAUCUUCAUCUUCAGGCAGCAGCGACUCCUCUGAUAGUGAAGACUCUGAGAAUGGGCUGGUUCCCAAACAGCAGAAGAAGACCUCGACUAAUAAAGACACCAAGAGACCACACCACCAGUCCCUCAGUAGCGGAGUUGGCCCAGUCCCUCUUCAGCCUCAGCCUCAGCCUCAAAUCGUCCAGUCCAAACCACCAUUUGUCCCCCCUCCUUCUGUCCCUGUUUCUGUCCCAUCUCUGGACACCUCCCAGCUGUUGACCUCAGGAUUUGAUCCUCUGGCCCACUUCAUGAACCCACACCUGACGCAGGGAAACGCAGAGCCGAAUCCAACCAUUACUACCGCUGGUGCCCCCGUCACCUCUGGCCUCCUCAACACAAACACACCCAGAAGCCAGACGCCCACUGAGACGCACCCUUUCCUAAACCAACAUCCCAUCAUACCCUCACCAGCGAUCCACAAUGCUCUUCCCCAGCAACCAUCAAGACCUAGCAACCGUGCCGCACCGCUUCCUCCCAAACCUUCACAGCCUCCCCCGUCCUCGCUCCCCUCCCUGCCUCCAUCCUCCUCUCCCCAGCUUCAGCCCUCGCUUCCACUCACCCUUCCCCAGCCUGUCCCUCGCCCUCGUGUCCCUUCACCCCCAUCACAUGGCAUCUUGGGUACCCUCUCGGCACAACCGCCUCAAGCCCUGCUGGAGGACGACGAAGAGCCGACACCCACCAGUUCUGAAACCCCACCCCUGAGCCAGGUGCACACCUACCUGCAGUCUCUCCAGGAUCGAACCACAGCGCAGACCCAGCCGAUGCACACACACACGCAUUCACCCAUGCAGGGUGCUUCUCAGCUGGUCGCUUCAAUACACACGCAGGCUAUGACGACAUCCACCCCUGCUCUGACGCAGAGACACAGCUCAGGCCACGCGCACAUGCAGCAGCCAUUUCCACACACGCACAUGUCAACGCCACAGCAGCAGAAGGGGGUGGCCCUGCAGCAGAAGGUACAACAGAUGCAGCAACAUCAACAACAGCCGUCUCCGCGAAGUAAAACAGAACCUUUCUCAACAGGUUGCCUGCGUGAGAGCCCGUCUCCCCUGAUGAUGCAUUCUCCUCAGAUGCCUCAGUUCCAUACAAUGGGACAGCAGUCACCCUCACAGACCAAGAAACAUGAGCAGAGGUCCAACCUCGUGGGGGGCAAAGAAGAGAAGCCCUCCCAGUCGCCAGUUCUGCCCCCCUCAACCUUCAGCCCUGCUAUGCGUCAGGAAACUCACAAACCUGACAACAAACACAGAUUAGAUCUGAAGCCAUUGGAUGGUUCACGCCCUGGUUCUCGCCUCCCAGACUCCCCAGCACUGCCCUGCUCGCAGCAAGACAACAAAAUUAAGCAAGAGCCCAAAACUCCCAUUGCUCCGAAGAAGACACAGGAUGUGAAGUUAAAGAAUAUGGGCUCCUGGGCCAGCCUGGCUCAAAGGUCCCAGUCCACACCAGCCUCCUCCGUUCGCUCCUCCAGCGACAGCUUUGAACAAUUCAGACGGGCCGCAAGGGAGAAGGAGGAGCGAGAACGACAGCUGAAAGCACAGGCAGAGCAGGCCAGGAGAGAGCAAGAAAAGCUACGCCGUGACGACGAAGACACAAUGGAACAAGCUCGUCGAGUGCAGGAAGACGCCCGUCGUCGCCAGGAGCAGCAGUCGCCACUUGCUCCCACACCUCCAGCCUCCACCCCACCCACUCACUCUCCACAGGCUCCACCCACACAGCCACAAGUCCCGCCCCCACCAUCCACGGCUGCGCAGAACGCGCUCGACCAGCAGAGGGAGAUGGCACGCCGCCGUGAGCAGGAGAGGCGCAGGAGAGAGGCGAUGGCUGACACCAUUGACAUCAACUUCCAGAGCGACCUGAUGGCCAUUUUUGAAGAGAACCUGUUCUGAGAGGGACAAAGAGGAUGAUGGGAGUGAGAGAAGGACCUAUAGACACACAUAAGAAAAUUAACGAAAUACAUACAGACCACAAUGCUCUGAUACACAUGGUCGCUGCUCAUACCAAUACAAACAUACACUUAAUAGUAACUGUCCCUUUCUCUCAGUAGUUGAAACAGCUGGCUUGUGUCAUAUGAAGGGGGGGGGGCGGGUGGGGAUGUGAAACUGAGAGAAGCAACCCUCUUUUCCUCCAAACUCAGAUAUGUUUUGGUGUCUGUCUUGGCGUUUACGGUUGUUGUUUCUGGGUCUCUGGGGACGACAGGUCGAAAACAGACACUGAAAUAAUCAGAUAGUCGGCUCCCUCAAGGAAAAUAAGAAUGAAAACAAGGGGACUUAACUUUUACACUUAAAAAAGUAAUGGCAAAUGGAUUUAAGUUAAGUGAAAAUUAAGAAAACCUUAUUCUCUAAUGUCUGCGAGAGAAAGGGGUUUAAUAGGAACGGGUGAACAAAUUACAAAUGGACAGAUCACUUUGUUCUUGUUUUUUCCUCUCUCCUAAUCUUGUCUCUAUUACUUUAUUUUAAGUUUGAAUUUUAACUGGGAGGGUUGGGCUGGUGUGGUCGAGUUUGUCAGGUUCAGCGGUCAUCUGAGAGUCAGUCGUUUUCUCAGGACACAGUGGAAAUGAAACGCCCCCGCCACAGUCGCACACUUUUCUAAAACAUCCUUCCUCCCUUCACUUCCUGCUACUGCUCCCUCUUCAGUCACGAAUUGAAGAGGAGGGGAUUUCAGAGAUGCUCGGUCUGUGUGCAAAUUCAGUGAGAGAGGCUGAUGAGGAAGGAAUGAUGGCAUUUUAAAAGUUUCAGAGUGUGUCCUUUGCCUUAGCGCUCUGGCCUGUAAACUAAUGAUCACACCCUACAAAUUAUACAUAUUAUAUAUAAAUAGAUACAUGAAUAUAUAUUAUAUACGACGUAAAGUCAAUGAAAAAGAACAUGAGAGGGAUUUGGAUUGCGGGGAGCAAAGCUAGUCUCUGUGUUCAUCUCUAAGCUCUGGUUUUGAUUUUGUAGAAUUUACUGUAAAGAAGAAGAAAAAACUUUUUUAUGAUUCUAUUGAGAGGAUUGUUUCGUCUGUCUUAUUCUCUCUCCUACCUUUCCUGUUUUGUUUUUGUUUUUCGUUUUUGUUUUUCUUUCUCGACUAUGCCAAAACCAAUCUAUUGAGUGCUGAAAGUUCAUUCACAUUUUUUACAUAAAAUGCAUUUUCUUUUCACUUUAUAUUAAAGGCUACGUUUUUAUUGCUAUUUAAUUUUCCUUUAUCCCCUUUUAAAUCCGAAGUUAUGCAGCAGUUUGCUCUGUAAUAGUUUGAGGAAGUGGUUCAUGCUCGGCCCCAUCAUUCUGUAGUUGUCCGAUAAAUCUGCACUUAAAUGUUUCAUUACUUACUUACGUCUUUUUUUCAUUAUUUCUUCUUAUCAUGUUUUCUUAGCCACCUUGUCCGCCACUCUCUUCUUCACAGCUUCUGCCGUCUGUAUAAUAGGUUCAUGUUUUGUCAUUCUGUCUUUUAGUUUUUAUUUUUGAAAUGUUUUUGUCGUCCGUGGUAACAGUUUUGGGAUGUCGUGUGCCAUUGUGUUUUUCUGGAAGCGAGAGAUUUUCCCAGCUUCUGUAGGUUGGCCCAGAGAUCUGUGAGUGAAUUCUAUAAUCACUUUCUUUCUUUCUUUUUUUUUUAAUGUUUCAUUCAUUUCUUUUCCCUUUUCAUAUCUGAUUGUUUUGAGUUUAUUUUGUUUUGUUUUCCCUUUGCUAUUUUCCUUCGGUUUAUUUUACCCAGGGCAACCUGUUGGCAUGUUGGUGAGUGAGGCAUUGAGGUCAAUAGAUUCAUCUUGUUCAGAGUACAACAUCUUUUUUAAGAAAAGUAUUAAAAUAAUAUUUAAAAAAAAAAA